AUGCAAGUUGGAGGAUUUUCUAAUUUAUCCAAUUUAAUACAUAUUAAUGAAAAGCAUAAUUUUCAUAUAACUGAAUGUUCUAAUACUACAACUACAACAACAUCAAUAACCAUGUCAACAUUACAACCAUCAACAAAAUUAACUAAAACAUUAAAUCCUUAUUCUAUAUUAUCAGAAAUGAAUCAAAGAAAUAAUUAUCAUAAAUUAAAAUUACAACAAUAUCAAUCUAAUCAAAAUAUAAAUAAUCAACAUCAUCAUCAUAAUAAAAAGGAUAAACGAAUUAGAUACACUGAGGAUCAUAUUAAUGAUCCAUCCUCUAUGAUCAAUAAUAUAGAUAAUAAUAAUAAUAAUAAUAAUAAUAAUAAUAAUAAUAAUAAUAAUAAUAAUAAUAGUACUUAUGAAAAUGAUGAUCUGAUUGUUAAAGAUGAUGAUAUGGAUGAUGAUGUUGACGAUGAUGUUGAUGAUGAUGAUAAUAAUGAUGGUGAUGAAGAUAAUAUUGAUAUUGAACAAUCUAUUAAGAAUUUUAAUGAUAAUAAUAAUAAUAAUAAUAAUAAUCAAAAUAUUCAUCUAUUAAAUACUCCAAAAUUAAUUACACAAAUGUAUAGAAACACUAGUAGAAAGAAAAUUUCACGUUUAGAUAUAAAUAAUGAACAAUUGUAUCAGGGAACACCGAGGAUGACAACAACACCGACAACGACGACGUCGACAACACCGACAACCACUGAUCAGUAUUCAUCAAGUCAAGACAUUAAACGGAUAACAACAUAUCCUACAUCUAUUAAACAAAAAUCAAUUUUAGAUUCCCUUGUUCCUAAUCCCGUUGGUAGCAUAGAUGUAAAUUUUGGAAAGGUUUUAUGCUAUGAUUAA